AUGACGUACAACGCCCUCCUUGCGCACGAUGAAUCACCAAUUCGAGUCUCUAUCACACCAGCACAGGCGUCUUUCUUCGCAGGCGAGACCCUCGCUGUCACCAUCGCCUUCACCAACAUACGCACUCCCAGCUCGAACUCCACAUCUGGGACCGCGUUUACAUCUGCUAAUGCCUCUACCGCCAGCCUCAAUGGCACUGCCCCGGGCACUCCAGAGUCACAUACGAACGCAAAAGGUCUAGGCAUAAGCACACCCCAAGCCAGCGCGCCGAAUACGCCCAACAUUUAUCCGUCCACACUCACGCCGACACAAACACCGACGCCAACGCCCAAUACACCAUAUACACCGCAUACACCGCGCACGCCCGCCUCGCGCGUCGCGGGGAGACACAUGACGCAUCGCCGGAAUGCGCACUCUGUUAGCUCGGCGCCGCUCGCGAGGCCGCCGACGUCGCCUGGGAUGAGCGCGCGUUCGGCGGGGACGAGUGCGGGGGGUGCUGCGAUGCAAAGGACUCGGAGCGAGUCGGUUGGCGCGGGGGCUGAGGGCUCUGGGAGUGGGAACGGGAAUGGGAAGGGAGGUGGGACUGUGGUGGUGCCGACGAGGCGGGGUUUGAUUGGAAAAGGGAUCAAGAGGAGGGGUGGAGAGGUUCAGGAGAGAGAGGUCGAGGGCGCAUUGCUGGGAGUAGGGGGGAAGGCGAAGGCGAGGUCGCUGUCGGUGGAUAUUCCAAAUUCUGGAUCGCAGUUUGUGGAGGUGGUGAAGGGGGAGGAGUCGGUCGUGCCGAGUGGAAAGGCGAGUGAGUAUGGGAGUGAAACCGGGACAAGUUCUGCUGCUGGUCAUUCGCUCCCAAUCCUUCGCCCCUCCAUCUCACGCACAUCCACCCUCCCCCUCCCCGCUUCGCAUCCUCACGCGCGCAAACAGUCCGUCCUCGACGGCUCGCUCGAUCUCUCUUCCUUCUCCCCGUCGUCCAGCACCCCAUCGGCCGGACCUGCCUCCGCACACCCCUCAUCGACGCCUUCCUCCUACCUCUCCGUUCAAACGCUCAACCACACGCCGCGCACCCGCUCCCCGCUCUCGCCCGCCUCUACCGCCUCCGCGUCGACCGUGCCGUCACCACUCUCGACGCAGUCACCAUAUCCAAAUUUUACGACUGGCACAUCUUCAGCGACGUCCACGUCGAGCUUGCAAUCGGUGAACGGGACACAUGCAGCUACGGCGGGGAGCUCAACGUCUUCGCUUGGGCGUGGCGCGGGAGGCGGAGGGCUGGAUCCGAUUGCGGAGAGCCCCGGGCCGAGUCCGGCAAGCGCGUCGCAUUCGCAUUCGCCUUCUCCAAUCCCUGAAGCCAAUGGAGGGUUCUCAACCGCGAUCAAUGGGAACACGAAGACGAAUGGGAACGGGAACGGGGUGAUCAGCUUGAACGGAGAUACACAUGGGCACACGCGGGCGCACGUUGUGCGCGGGCCACCACCGCCGGUGAUGGUCCCGAAGACUGCGGCGUCUGGGACCAGCUUCCCGGCCUCGUCUUAUGCGACUGCGAAUGGAAAUGGGGGUGUGGUGGGGAGAGCGUUCCCGAGCCCAGGGAUUAUUCCUCAGCCGCCGCAUACGGCGACGGGCGCGACGUUUCCAGCCUCUGCACGGCAGCCUCCUCCCUCUUCGUCUUCUGCCUCACAAGCCAGCGGAAUCGCAUCUGCACAAACGCAAGCUCAGCAAGCACACCCCGACUCGGCGCUCAUCCUCUACUCCUACGCACAGCUCGUUGGCACACUCGUUCUCGCCCCCGAGUCCGACUCCGAUGGCACCACUCGCGAGGGCGUAGGCGGGGAAAGCGGUAUGGGUGGAGGCGACCCCCGCGCCCUCGCCGCGCUCCGCCGGCGUCUCGCGCGGCGCGCGGUGUUAGGCGGGGGGUCGAUGGACCUUGGGCGUUUGUUAUCUGGAUCUGGCUCUAACUCUCACUCUGGAUUCGGAUCUGGAUCCAGUCCCUCGAUGUCGAUGUCGUUGCCGGGUACACCACCGGGCUCGCCGAGAAGACAGAGACACGGGCGGUCGGCGUCGUUGACGGGCGGGCUGCUGUCCCUCCUCAGUCCGUCGGCGUAUGCGUCUGCGUCGGCUUCGAGCGCGGGCGGGCAUGGGCAUCAGAGUUCGCCGAGUUUGAGCUUGGGCGGGGGGAGGUGGGGUUUGUCGAAUGCGAGUGUGGCGAGUGUGGUUAGUGCGCCGGCGUCUUCGGCUGGGAGUCGGCCGCCAAGUUUCGAGGGGUCCAGGGCGGCGUUGACGUCGAGCCCGGGUGUGGGUCUGGGGAUCGGGUUGGCGAAGGCGGAGAGUGCAGUAGUGAGUGGUGCCAGUGGAGGUGGUGGAUAUGGGCUGUUUGGGAGGGGUGGUGGUGCGGGAGGAGGAGCGGGGGACGUGGAGGUGGACGCGGAGGCGCCGCUGCCGACGUUCGAGGUGCAGCCUGCGAUGCUCGCGGUGGAUCUGGCGCUCGCGCCGGGAGAGACGAGGACCUAUACCUACUCCAUCUCGCUCCCGGCGAACCUCCCACCGACAUUCCGCGGGCGCGCACUCCGGUUCGGGUACGAGCUCGUCGUCGGCACGUGUCGCGCAUCCGCACCGCCCGCGCUCCCGCCACCCCGAGGGCUCUUUGCCGCUCACAAUCCUCCGCCGAGUCCUGGCGGCUCGCAGGCGAGCGUGAGCCGGGUGAUGAAGGUACCCGUGAGGGUGUACAACCACGUUGCCGUGGGCAGAGUUCCGCGACCGUACGACCUUCUCUGGCCCGUCACGAACCGGGCGCGGCCCGUGGCGGCUACAGUUACGGAGCGCAGUACCAAUGGCACCGGCACUGCUGGGUCCGGCAGUAAGGCAGCUUCGAAGCCGACGCACCGGCCAAGACCGUCUGCAAUACUUCCUGCGUCUGCGGGACAGGGGCAGAAUGGCAAGUCGGGUGCGGACGGAAAGGGUCUGGGCAGCGCACCGGGUGCGACUGGGUCGCUGGCGGACCUGAGAGAGUACGGCACGAAGCUGCUGGCGUCGUGUUCGCGGCCUUCGUCUCGGGCUCAUUUGGGUGUCCAUGGAUCGGGCGCUGGCGGAGACGAGGAGGAUGAGUCGGGUGGGAGGACUCCAAGGACACCGAGGACACCUAUGGAGCUGGAGCGCGAGCUUGAGCUUGAGCUUGAAGGUGAAGCUGCGGAGGGCGGUAGGGAUGGCGGAGGUGGGCUGAAAGGGUGUAGGGAGGCGGUGGAGAUUUUGACGCGAAAUCCGAGGAAAGCGUCGUACGACGUGACCAAGGACGGUGUCAAGGUUGCCGUGCUCACGUUCACCAAGUCUGCGUACAGGUUGGGGGAGACUAUUCUUGGCGCAGUGGAGCUCAACGAGCGUACAAGUCGAGCAAAAGUUCUUUCUCUCUCAGCUUUCCUCGAAGCACACGAAGCCCUACCUUCCUCGCUCGCUGGCUCAUCAGCUCGUUCUGCUCGACGGGUACACGCAGAGCACUACGCCUCCUUCGUCGCAGGCUCGCGACGCACCACCUUCACACUCAACAUCCCCUCGGACGCCUCCCCCGCCUUCCAGGUCCUCGUCGGCGCCGAACUCGCUCCCCAAACUACACCAGCUCCCCAACAGCCCAAGCCAGGUGGCCUGCAAUGGCGCGUCCGCCUCUGCCUUCUCGUAGCCGUCGCCUCUCCUACAUCCCAGUCCUCCCAAACCGGUGUCCGACUCAAACACCUUGUCCGCGAUACCGACGCGACCGCCCACGGGAGCGACGCACGCUGGGGCGCCUCGUGGCGCGCCCCGCGCACACUCGCACCGCUCGAGCUCCCAGCCCCACCGGACCCUGCAGCGCCCCCUGCGGCUACUGCUGCUGCGACGGGCUGGACGGCGUGGAUGAUGUCGUCGCUGCUGGGCACGAGCGAAGUGGAGUAUCACGACGGGGACGAGUACGAUAACGACGACGACGUCGAGGGUGGGGAGCACGGCGGGAUAUUUGGUUCGCGCGCUGCCGCGGGCGGCGAGGCGCAGCGGGAUGCGGAGAAGGCGGAGAAGGCGUGGGUCGAGGUUAGGGCGGAGACGGUCGAGUGCGAGGUGCCGAUCGCUGUGUGGCCGGGGAAUACGGCGUUUAAGGCGAUGGACGUUGUGUUCGAUGUUUAG